GACUAGUUGAAUGCAAAAAGUCAACAUUUUAAAAGUCAAAAUAAUCGGUCUGAGAAACCAAAUAAUUUUUCCCUUUUUUUUUUGUUUAUAAAUGUUUUGGUCAAUACUAGCUCGUCGUCGACAAAGAUUCAUUUCGAUUCCCAAACCACACAAGAAGAACACAAAUUAGCUCGAAAGAAACAAACUCUUUUGAGAAAAUAAUGGAUCCGUCGGAGUCUUUCGCCGGCGGCAAUCCUUCCGACCAACAGAACCAGAAACGUCAGCUUCAGAUCUGUGGUCCUCGUCCCUCACCUCUCAGCGUCAACAAAGACUCUCACAAGAUCAAGAAACCUCCUAAACACCCUGCUCCUCCGCCUCAGCAUCGCGACCAAGCUCCGCUCUACGCUGCUCGAGAGCCGGUGGUCAUCUACGCCGUCUCGCCGAAAGUCGUCCACACCACAGCCUCGGAUUUCAUGAACGUCGUCCAGCGUCUCACCGGCAUCUCAUCCGCCGUCUUCCUCGAAUCCGGUAACGGCGGAGAUGUAUCUCCGGCGGCGAGACUCGCCGCGACCGAGAAUGCAAGCCCGAGAGGAGGAAAAGAACCGGUGAUGGCGGCUAAAGAUGAGACGGUGGAAAUCGCGACGGCUAUGGAAGAAGCAGCCGAGUUGAGCGGCUAUGCGCCGGGGAUACUCUCCUCUUCUCCGGCUAUGUUACCGACAGCUUCUGCCGGAAUAUUCUCGCAGAUGACUACUCACCAAGGUGGGAUGUUCUCGCCGGGAUUGUUUUCGCCGGCGGGGUUAAUGAGCCCGUUUGGUUUUGCUAGCUUGGUUGCUUCUCCAACGUUUGCUGAUUUGUUCAGUCAUAUUUGGGAUUAGUUUUUGACACUCUUGACAGUGAAGACUAGAAUAGCAAGUUCAGAACUUAGGAAUGGAUUUUUAUAAUCAGCAGAGGCCACUACACCCAGCCCAGGUGGAUCCACGAAAUAUAUUUCCUCCUCCAACAACAAUCGCAACCUAUGAAGAUCAAGACAGAGCAUCAUCCUUUCAGUAUACAUGUCUAAAGCAUAAAAAAAAUCUCCGCCUCAUGUUUCUUGUAAGUUUGAACUAUAUAAUACAGUGUGUAACCUCUACACAAGCAAUCAAAUAUAUACUUCCAUUUUAUCA